AUGUCACACCGUCCCGCGGUCCUGCCGGGCUCCCCACCUCAUGAGCAGUCCCGUGGGGCAGGCGCUACCAAGCCCAUGGCAGCGCCGCGGACCUGCCGCAGGCCCAGGGACGGCCAGCGCUUCAGGGCGCAGGCCGCGGCGGCAGUGGAGGCGGAGACAAAAAGGGCGCUGAUACGUAUCGGCACGCGCGGCAGCCCGCUUGCGAUGGCGCAGGCGUACAUGACGAGAGACCUGCUCAAGGAGGCGUUCCCCGAGCUCUCGGAGGAUAACGCGCUCGAAAUCGUCAUCAUCAAGACCACCGGCGACAAGAUAUUGAACCAGCCGCUGGCUGACAUUGGUGGCAAAGGACUCUUCACGAAGGAGAUUGAUGAGGCGCUGCUCUCUGGCAGGAUAGACAUCGCGGUGCACUCCAUGAAGGACGUCCCUACCUAUCUCCCCGAUGGAAUGAUACUUCCCUGCAACCUCAAGCGUGAGGACGUACGCGAUGCAUUCAUCUCUGCCAUUUCAGGGUCUCUGUCGGAGCUGCCUGAAGGGGCAGUGGUCGGCACAGCUAGCCUUCGAAGACAGGCCCAGAUCCUCCACAAAUACCCACACCUCAAGUGCGAGAAUUUCCGUGGCAACGUUCAGACACGUUUAAGGAAGCUGAAGGAGGGCGUGGUGGAUGCCACGAUGCUAGCAUUUGCUGGGCUUAAGCGUCUCGACAUGCAGCAAUACGCCACUGCUAUUCUUGAAUUCGAUGAGAUGUUGCCUGCUGUGGCUCAGGGUGCCAUUGGCAUUGCCUGCCGCGGGGGCGACGAUGCCAUGGGUGCCUACCUGGCAGCCCUCAACCAUGAGCCCACCAGGGUCGCUGUGAUAUGUGAGCGGGCUUUUCUGACUGCACUGGAUGGAUCGUGCCGGACGCCCAUCGCUGGCCAUGCACGCCAAGCCAGCGAUGGUUCUCUCUACUUCCAGGGGAAUGUAGCAACACCAGAUGGGAAGAGGCUGCUGGAAACAACACGGACCGCCACCUUUAAAGCGGCAGAGGCAGAGAAGGCCGGUGACGAUGCGGGGCAACAACUCAAGGCUGAGGGUGGGCCGGACUUCUUUAAUUGGUAG